AUGGAGACCCUCACGGCCGUGAUGAAGAGCAUGGAUGCGUCUGUUGAGACCACAGUGUUCGACUAUGAGGAUUCAGUGCCAUGUGAAAAAGUCAACAUCAGGGAGCUGGGAGCCCAGUUCUUGCCCCCGCUGUACUCCCUGGUGUUCGUGGUUGGUCUGCUGGGCAAUGUGGUGGUGGUGGUCAUCCUCACAAAAUAUAAGAGGCUCAGGAUUAUGACCAACAUCUUCCUGCUCAAUUUGGCCAUUUCUGACUUGCUCUUUCUAGUCUCUCUGGUAUUCUGGAUUCACUAUGUUAUGUGGAACAAGUGGGUUUUUGGUCCCUUCAUGUGUAAACUCCUCUCUGGGCUUUAUUACAUGGGCUUAUAUAGUGAGAUCUUUUUCAUCAUCCUGCUGACCGUAGACCGGUACCUGGCCAUCGUCCACGCCGUGUUUGCCCUACGAGCCCGGACUGCCACUUUCAGUGUCAUCAUGAGUGUUCUAACCUGGGGCCUGGCAGGGCUAGCAACCGUCCCUGAAUUUAUCUUCUAUGAGUCCCAAAAGGAGGCCUCCCAACAUGUCUGCAUGCCUCUUUACCCAAAAAACCAAGAAGAUAGAUGGAAGCGUUUCCAUGCCCUGAGAAUGAAUAUCUUGGGUCUUGCUCUGCCUCUGCUCAUCAUGGUUGUCUGCUACUCUGGAAUUAUUAAAACACUGCUGAGAUGCCCCGGCAAGAAAAAGUACAAGGCCAUCCGGCUCAUUUUUGUCAUCAUGGUGGUCUUUUUCAUUUUCUGGACACCCUACAACCUGGCCCUCCUCCUCUCUGCUUUUCAAACAGUCUUCUUUGAGACAAACUGUGAGCAGAGCAAACAGCUGGACGUGGCCAUGCAGGUGACAGAGGUGAUCGCCUACACGCACUGCUGCGUCAACCCCAUCAUCUAUGCCUUCGUCGGAGAGCGGUUCCGGAAGCAUCUCUGCCACUUCUUCCGCAGGCACGUGGUCACCUACCUGGGAAAAUACAUCCCGUUCCUUCCCAGCGAGAAGUCAGACAGAGCCAGCUUCUCUGUAUCCCCAUCAACAGGGGAGCAGGAAUUCUCAUUUGUAUUUUAAGACAGAUGCAGAAAAUGACCUAAUGUGCUGGACCCAAGGAGCAGAAGCAUUAUGUCGAUCACAUUGACCUCAACACCGGCCCUUAAACUUCUAGCUCAAUGCUGAAACUCUUUAAGACAUUAAAAUAUAUA